AUGCUACCUCAAGUCAGUUGCCACAGCUGUGGCAAUAGGAGACACAAGAAGAUCUGCCUGACAAAGCAGCUGAGGAAAGAAUCAAAAGAGGAGGAGAACUAUGUGAGCUCUUGCAAGUUCUGGAUCAGCAGGAUGACAUUGCUGAGAUAUGUGCUCAUUCAGAUCCUCUGGGCUUACUCUUCCCAGGCAAAAGUGCCGGUAUGUGAACAGCCCCCUGAAGUGGAUUUUGGUGACAUUUUCAGUGGUGAAAAAUCAGAAUAUGUGGAAAGUGACAGAGUGCAGUACCACUGCUACCCUGGGUACACGCUGGCUGGAACUGAAUGGAUAACAUGUAAUGGAGGAAGCUGGACCCAACUGCCAAAAUGUCUAGCUCCGUGCACUAUCACUAAGCAGCAGCUGGAGGAGAAAAAUCUGUUUGUACGCAAUAACCGAAGACGUACAGUUAUACUUCUGAAUGCUCAAACUGUGGAGUUUUCCUGCAGCAAAGGAUAUAUCCUCACUGUUCCAUCUGUCAGGAUGUGUGCUGAUGGACAUAUCCUUUUCCCACUGUGUAUCCCACAAACUGGGAAGAAGUGUGGACAUCCACCUACUGUUGAUAAUGGAGUUAUAACUACUUUUUCCCAGAAAGAGUAUGCCUCUGGGUCCUCCGUGGAAUACAAAUGCCAAAAUUUUUACACAUUGGAUGGACAAAAUACAUCUUUCUGUAACAAUGGAAAUUGGACACAACCACCAGCCUGUGUGGGGCCAUGUGCUGUCAGUGUGACAAAAAUGGAAAGCCAUGACAUAGAGCUGAGUGAGAGGUCAAAAGGAAAACAAUACAUCCCCCAUGGUGAUUUUGUUCAGUUUAAGUGCAAACUGGGGUAUGCACUUCCUGCCCUGUUGUCUACUUCUGAUUUUACUGUUUGGUGCUAUUCAGGCAAUAUUUCUUAUCCCCAGUGCCAUAAAAUCACGUCCUGUGGCCACCCUGGAGAUAUUCAGUUUGGCUUCUUUGAAUUUACUUCGGGGACUGAAUUUGUAUUAGGUGCUCGUGUUGAAUACACAUGUGAUGAAGGGUACCGGAUGCUAAGUCAAAGCAAUUUCCGUGAAUGUCUGGCUGAUGGAUGGAGCAAUGACGUGCCUCACUGUGAAGGUAAAUGGAAUAUAAUACUUAAUCUUUUGUCAAGCUGA